CGUGCCAGCCAUUUCCUGUCACCUAUACUUGUGCUGGCUAGCUGCCCUCGCUUGUAUCAUUUGUAGCCUCGGCGUGGCCCUUUCCAACCGGAGAGUUGUUACAAUGCCAGCAAACAUUUGUUUCAGUGAAAAUGUAUCGGUAACUUUAAAAACCGCUAUUUGCCUAGCCUACUUGUUGCCUAUUUGAGGGUCAAUAAGCUUGAAAGAGAAAUUGUUGCAGACAAUGGGGAGAAAUGGUGAGUGAUCAGAACCAUCUCGUGGUUGGAAAGCGUGACGUCAGACGGCCACAGGCGGCGAUGUGACCGUGGGGAAGUGGGAGGAGCUUUAGUGUCAUGUCCAUAACCUCGUGCCUGUUGGUCCUGUUCAUAUAUUUUCCAAUGGAGAUAGUCGGGGUGCGAUAACCGCCAUCCACAUCACGCCGCCGCCUGGGUUAUCUCCUCGUGAUAGUCAAGUGUCGUCAUUCAGUCUUUCGUUUCAUCGUGUGUUGUACAGUUUCGUCUUUUUUUUUUUUUUUUUUUUGUCCGGCUGCUUGAAUAUGAUUUUUACCUGCCUCUUUUGCACCUUCAACGUGGGUUCUGAUUUUAGUUUGGUUAAGGGCUGUUCUGAUCACGAUCCCAGGCCUUGCAGCAUAGCAUACAUGCUGUCCGGCAGUGUUGAAACAGUACGAAGAAAAUGUAAGGAGCUUUUUCGUCAAAAAAACAUCAGAGAGAGAGAGACAAUGGCGUGGAGAGAUGCCGACAGCUUGUUAUCACCACCAAUGGCGACUGAAGCACACGCCUUGUCAGAGAGCGUUUGUUUGGCUGUUAGACCAGAGAAUGAGAAAGAGCUGCUGAACCAUUAUGCGGAAACGUGAGAGCUACCCGGGUAUCGAUCCACCCGCCCGUCAUUGACGACGCAUAAAGGAGUAGUACACAGCGCGCACCUGGCAGUCGUACCGAGGAUACCCGUCAGUAAGGAGCUGUGUUUAAUGCCGGAUUAUCGAUUGGCUGCUGAGACAUGCUGCAGCUUUCGUGGCCCCGAGUGUAGCAGCGAGAGCAAAUGUGAGAUGCUGCACGUCCUGCCAAUAGUCUGGCCCUCCUCGACGCCACGGAGCCUGCCUGUCGCAAGACACCGCACUCGCCGGACUUGUAGCAUGCGCUGUGAUUGGUCGUUACACGGCAAGCUUCUAGAGCUGACCUUCACCAGCAGACAGAAUCCAAAAGUGAAGAACUUGCAAACAUUUACUAGCAAAGCCAGGGUUACAUUUAUCCCUGUGAAGAAGUGUCCUGGUUGAAGGCAUAGCACACAUUUUGCUGCUUCAAGUACAUAUCUGACAUUACUUAAAUCAGAAAUGAAGAGGACUAAGACUUACCCUGGAGACUCAGUGCUGCUGCAGUCACCUUAUAGCAAAGAAGCUGGAGAUGACAAUCAGCAGAGAAUAUGGCAGCAUGCAGACAGAACUGUUGACAGUGACUGGGCCUCUCGACAGUCCCAUGGAUUGGCUCAUUCUGGUGCACAAAGAGCUUAUUUUUUCACAGAGUCUCAUUUACAAGUACCUUUUGGUGCAGAAGGAAAUAAACAACAGACUGCACAUAAUUUCAGAGGACAGUAUGUGAAUGAGACUGAGUUUUCACCACAAAUGCCUCUUAAUCAGAAUAAUUUUAAAUAUUCUGCCUCUGUCAGUGGCACAGAUCCAAGACACAGUUUCCAUCAAAGCUAUAGUCCAUCAUUUCACCACAGCGGUGCUGCAAAUCAGAACUGUGUUGGAGAGCAAGGGAAUUUGUUUUCCAGUAGCCCCAGGCUGUUUCAUGGACUUGAGGAAGAAAGCACAUCAUUUAGAAGCAUUUCUGUAGGGAACUUGCACAAUGCUUCAGCCAAGGAACAUGCAGACAACCAUGAAGAUGGACACCUACAGAGAACUGGAGAGGGAGGCAAGCAUGCAUCAUCACCAUUACAGGCUGGUGUGCAGGCUGAUGUCAGUAGAUACUCCUUUCACUCAGAUAAUGAUGAUAUGAUGGAAGGUGUGGAAAAUAUGGAAGAUUUUCAUGAUGGUGAAGAAAUUCGAGUUAGAUCCAAAAGCUUUUGUGCAACAGAUGGCAUAGAACUGAGAAGGCAGGAGGCUCGUCGAAUGUCAACAAGAGGAUCAGUAACAAGUGAAAGGUCAUCAAGACUGGACCCAAACACUUACCAAUCAUAUGCAGCUGGCAUUCUUUAUUCCUCUGGCAGAUCUGAGAAAUUCUUAAAACUUCAGCGGCACUUUGCUGUGCUGGAGAGAAUAGGGGAACUGGACAAAGUUCUGGAAAAACCAGCUGAGACCAUCUGUAUCAGUCAGGGAAAGGGUUUAGAUAGGCAUCUGUUACCAACACAGGAAUUCCAGUCCAAGGAGGAACUGCAAGAACUACACUCAGAACUUGAGGAAGCCAGAAAAAAUAAAGAAUUCUUUCAUGAGGCAGACAAAGGAGCAAAAUUCCAGUGGAACCCAGACAAAGAUAUUGGUCUGCAAAGGAAAGAAAGCAGUCUCAAAGAACUGGUGUCUGUAUAUCUGAAUCAGGCUGAUGGUGAUACUGAUGGCUAUGCAAGAAGGCAUGAAGUGCCAGGACGAAAGACUGAGGAGAUUACAAGAUCAUUGUCUUUUGGUGAGUUGUGCGGCAAGUAUGGUGGCUUUGUUAGAACGUGCCAAACUGAGCAGGAGUACAAGCCUGGUAGCUGUGACAACAUAAAGAGUCUAGGCAAGGAUGACGUGAAGAGUGUAGACAAAGACAACAUAAAGGGUGUAGGCAGAGAAAUACAUCUAGGAGAGGAUACAGAAGGAAAUAGCACUUCAUUUCAUAAACCAUUUCUAUCAGCCACCAUCUUUGGACACCAGCACAAGCCUGUAGGCAGUGACAACUUAAAGAAUGCUGUCAAGGAUAUACCGUUUUCUGCAGAAUCUGCCAGUUCUUCAACGCUUGGAAAAGAAAGCCUAAAAGAAUCUAAAGGCAAAGAUUCUAGUAUAAAAGAACGAAAAGAGUACAACACUUGUGGUGCCCAUGAGGCAUCAUACUUAGAAUUAUUGGACAAUGCUUCCAAGAAACCACAGCAGCGAGCUUUAUAUGGCACACACAUUGAUCCUCCUCGCAACAAGUAUGAAGUACAUGUGGAAGAGGUGAGGAGGAUUUGCAAAGAACCCGACAAUAGCACUCUUCACAUAAGGUCCACAUCAGCUCCUCAGUCUGCUUACAAGAACCCUGCCUUGGGGAUCAUGAAAAGAUCAGAGUCUCACAAGGAGUCUUUCUUUGGCUUCAUUGAGGAGGAGGACAAGACUUUAGGUUGUGCCCUGCCUGGACCUACAGGAAUAGAACAGUCACUGAAAAAGAACAUGGAAAUUGAAGUUGAUGGCUCCAACAAUCCAGCAAGUGUUUUGAUGGUAAAAACUGACCAGGACUUGAAGAAGAUGGAGACAGGUUCAGAACUCAAGAAUGCCCCUCGGCCUCUUGCAAGAAAGUUGAUGAAGAUGAAACCCAAUAUCAUUGAAACAAAUGAAGGUGGAAAUAGUUUUCAUGGUAUGGGAAGAAAGGAAAAGGCUUCUUUUUUUCUUGUGCAAAAAGUAGGUGAUGAGGGAAAACAUACUCACACAAUUUUUCAUGCAUCACCAUUUCUUAAUGGACAGGAUGUGCCAGGCAUUCCUCAAGAUAAGAGAGAUUUUCAGAAUACUGCUGGUCUGUGUCAAAACAAUUUAACAACACCAGGCCUAGCAGCCCAUGACCACAAUGAUCUACCAGAAAAGAAAGGUCAGUUCCUGCAGUCUGGCCCCAGCACCCUUGACCUGCCCUCCCCUUCUGUCACCUGCAGUAUCAAGACGUCACCUAACACAAGUACCAGAUUUCUUGUUAAGGACCUGAGAAGCUUGGUGUCUGACAAUGAGUUCACUGCAAAUACACCUGCAUGGAUGAAAAAGUCUUCCUCGGAGACAAAGACUGCCUCCUCUUUGAUACCAAGUCAGUCCACACUAGGGCCGCCUCGUGCUUCAUUAAAUGAGUGUGAAACUACAGCAGGAAGAAUUCAGCUGACAGACAGAAAGCUGUAUCAUGAAAGUGUGGGUCACAAAGGUGAGAGGUGGAGCCCAUCUUACCAACAUACUGACAAAAUACCCCCAUCAAUCCUAGAGCAUAAGACAAGUUUGAAUGUAAAACAGGGGCUGAAUGUUAGCCCAGUUCAGUAUCAGAACACACCAAAGUUAGAAGCAAAAAUGUGGGCAGGUGAAAACCAGGAUAACUCACAACUGAGGGGGGAUUCAGCAAAACAGACUGGGGAAGAUCAGGGAGGAAGAAGAGUGGGAGAUGGACAUCAUCACUCUCAGUAUGAACUGAACAAGUGCAAUGCUCUUUUGGACUUUCAUGAAAAUACAGCACCAGUCUAUAGUCCUUUAAAACAAGGCAAAGGUUGGCCUGUAGAAAACAAUGCAUCAUUUAGCAGCACUGACACAUUUAUUGUGAGAGAGACUGAUGAUGAAGAGAUGGAAAGCUCUGGAGCAUCUGUUUCACGCUUAAGGGAAAUUUUUGGGCACAAGACAAUUAGCAAAUCGAAAUCAGAGCCUGAACUUGCUUCAGAAGAGAAUCAGCCCACCAGACCUCGAUCAGCAAAAUCACAAAUGGAUCUUUCGACCUUGGAAAUAGAUUAUGAUGAGAGAGAGAGUUUUCAGAAGACAGUGAGCAUGCCUCGGACAGUUUCUGGUGAGAUGCGGCAGCAGUGUGUGGGCACAAGCAUUCCAGACUGGCAGAGGGACACUCUUUCUGAACAGCCCUUGGAAAUAGCUAAAGCAUGGGUAGCAUACAGUGAUAGGUCCACCAGGUAUGAACCCUAUCUGCCAUCCGAGGACAUUCUGAAAGAAGUUGCUGUGGUGUCUGAAGGACGGAAGCUUGAUGUACCAGUCAAAAAAAACAGAUCACCAUCUAAUGUCAGCAAGAUGACAUUAGAGUAUUUUGACCAAAUAGGAAGUGAAUGGCAAAAAAGCAGAGCCAAAUGUUCCUUGCAGCAACAUAACAAUGUCAGUUUGCAGCAGUCAGAUGUCAAGAUGAAGACAGGAGAUGUCAGGCAGCCAGUACAAGCUUCAUGGAGAAAGCCCUUUUAUCCUCCCUACGGCAGUGCUGGAGAUGUUGAAGCUGAUGCAUGUAGUAGCAUGGAGCAUUAUGGAAGGAGACUGCCAGAGACCGAUGACAUGAAGCUCAGACACAACCCUGUACCCAGCUUUGCUGAGGCAUUAUCACCGCAGUGUUACAGACACCAGAAGAUGAACUUUCUGCCACUUCUUGACAUGAAGAACAAUGGUUCACCAUUUGACUCACAGUCUCAAACAUCUAGUCACAGCCUUGGAUUUUCGCCUGACAACUCGGCUGCCCCAGAAAAGGAGCAGAUAGAGGAAAGCAGUCCAACAGCAAUAGCUGUGGUCCAUGGCACACAGAGACAGAUUGCCUCAACAAGAAAAAGUGGCUUUUGGAAUCAGGAAAGGAUUCCUGAAUUAGACUCGCUGCCACCUGCACCCUCGAGACCACCACCUGUACCACCACUGCCACGUCAGCCUGAGAAGACAGUGCAGCAUCACCAUAGUCUGUCAUCUUUUUCUAGCUCCGAAUUAGGCAGCGAUGGAGAGGUUGGGGGAGGAUAUUGUGUGACCACCGCAUCCUAUUUGUAUGGGCCAGAGGCAGGAGGAGCCGUGGAGCCACCUGUACCACCACCUCCCAAGCAAAGCUCUAUGCUGGCAAGUUCCAGCGCUACCUUCCCUCGUUCCCCUGCUGCUAGGCAAAUCUUCCAGCAGAAACAACCACAGCAGCAGCAGCAGCAACAGAACAAGGAUAAAAACACAGCAGUCAGCCCCCUUACCUCAUACCCAACUACAUCUCCUGCACUAAGAUCUGCUACUCUUGGCCACGAGUUGCCUCCCAGCACUGCUCCUGCCCCUCCUACUCGAGGGGACAGCAGUGGUGGUGCAUCCAGAGUGGGGCUGGUGCGGGCUGGGAGGAACUCUAAUGCAGGAGGAGCAGUUGCGUCCCAUAAAAGCAGCAGCAAUAUAUCUGCUGCUGAACAGCUGCAAGUCCGAAGUCUGCCCCCUACAGCAGCCUCUGUGGGCUCGUCUGCCACCAUUUCUGUUGCCUCUGCAGGCGCUAGUGAGAGCCCUUCUUCCAGAGCUUUCAAACAUCAGACAAGUGAUGUACGUCGGCAACAACCACAAAAUGUGGAGAAAGAGAGACGCAGACGAGAAGAAGAGGAGGCUUACAGGAAAAAGAGAUUGGAGCAAUUGUACGAGGAAGACAGGUUGAAAAGAAUGAAGAAAGAUGAAGCAGAUGCUGAGGCCCGUCGCCAUCAUGAUUACUUUGUCAAUGCCCAAAAGUCACCCAUAUCACCAAACAGAUUUGAAGAGUCGUCAUCAGGCCAGCAUGCGGGUGCUGGUCUCAGUGUUCCUCCAGAGCGACGGCGAGGUUUUCAGAUCCAAGGCAAAGCUCGUGCAUUGUAUAACUUUACAGCUCAGAAUCCCAGGGAACUGUCUUUCCACAAGAAUGAUAUCCUGUACUUGAUGAAACAGAUUGACAAACACUGGUAUGAAGGAGAGAGGCAGGGAAGAGUAGGAAUUUUCCCAGCCAACUAUGUGGAGGUUGUGACAUCCAUUGAAGCAGCACAAGUUGCAGCCAUGCAGGCAGAGGGACAGGCACGGGCCAAAUACAACUUCACUGCCCAGUCUUCUGUUGAAUUGUCCUUGCGGAAGGGUGAAUUUGUGGUGCUGUUGAGGCAUGUCGAUGAGAACUGGUUUGAGGGUCGCAUUGGUGGUCGUCAGGGAAUAUUUCCAGUGAACUAUGUGGAAGUUAUACGUGAACCCUCUACUCCUCUAAUCACACCAGCCCCAUCAGUUAUAACUACCCCUAUGACAGGAACACCAGAAAUGAUGUCUCCUGUUAGUUACGAUGCAGCACCAACACCUCCUCCACAACCUUCACCUAGUGCUUUCAUAUCCCAGAGGUCUCCAAGUGCAGGUCCUUAUGGCUAUCGACCACUGCAGCAACAGCCAUCUUUUGGUCAGUCAGGUGGACCUUCCUCUCUGCUAGUCACGGCUCCAGUGGACUCUAAAGCUUACAUAACGCUUUCUCGUCAGAAGCCAGAAUCUGACUUUGGUGUUCAGAAUGUAAAAUCUCCCCUUAGUCCCCUGAACCAGCAGACAAGUAAGAUGGCAAGUCCUGGUCAGUCAUGGCGGACAUCGCCACGACAACAGGGGCCUACCAUGCCCACCUCUGAGCUGCAAGUAGACAUACAGUCAAAGGCCAGCCCUAGCGUUGGGGGACAGGCAGGUGGAGGCAAGAGGCCAGAUGAUGAUCUGGCUGUGGCCAGGUAUCGGGCACUCUAUGCCUACCGACCACAGAAUGAGGAUGAGUUGGAGCUAAGAGAAGGUGAUGAAGUGUUUGUGAUGGAGAUGUGUGAUGAUGGCUGGUAUGUUGGCACAUCAGCACGAACAGGUUGCUUUGGCACCUUCCCUGGCAACUAUGUCAACCGAAUAUAGUGGCUUGAAGCAAGGGAAUGACCCAUCAUGGAGAAGAAAAAUGGCAGCUGUGUGCCAGUUUUCACUCAGGACCUGCCCUGUGCCCCUAUGUAUAGUCUCUGGCAACAUGCUAGUGUCAACACAGGGCCUUACUUCUCCUUUCUGCUUUCAGGGCACUGACCAGCUGUUUCUUGCUGACCUCUUACCUAUGCUGUACUCUUGCUUUGAGUGCAGCCCAAGCAUGUGGGUUUGCUUUGUUUGAGUACGUGCAUGCAUGCAGUCACAGUAGAGGAGUGACGCUGACUGUGGUGAUGUGUAUGGUAGGUGGUGUGCCCAUGGAGAACCUAAGGCAAGAGCAGUUUUGAAGGCUACAACUGUGUCAUAUGCAAAGAGGUUAGCAGAGGUGGGUUAAACACCUAGAGCCACAUCUUUGGCAUGCAAACACUUUAAUCAGUGAGUAGGUUGUAAGCUGUGACAGGAGGAAUGGGUAUACUGACUAGCAAGCAUGCUGCCUGUCUGGAAUGUCUUGCCCAAUCAUGUUUGAGGAUAAGCUUUGAUAACAUGAUGAAAGUGUUAACAGAUCCUCAUUUAAAACCAUCUUGGUGUUACUUUCUGAGGCAGCUGCCACUGAUGUGGGACUGACGCCCAGCUGUGUUCUGUGCCAUGCACACUGGACCUGGAACUAUCUGGAGCAGGCAGUUUAGUGAGCAUGCAGGAGUUCUUUGAGGAAUGAGUGUUUAAGUUUUAAGAGUUAUGAAUGAGCAUUUAGUGCGAUGCAAGGAUUUACAGAUCACAUUUUAGAAUGGUUUAUUCUGUAGUGGAUUCUCCAGUUUUAGCCACCCUCUCAACUUUUAUCUUUGCCUUGCUUUAUGUGGAAACUAGUAUGCAGAUUAGGCGCCAUUGGUUAUGAUUUAUUUGUACAUCUUCAGAUUCAAUAUAUUUUAGAACAAAAUGGACUGUUAUUAAGUUUAUUCAUUAAGUGGAUUUUUAGUGCAGUUUGUAUGUCUAUAUAGUCUUAGCAUGCUUAAGUUGUACUUCAGCUUGUAGUAACAGAUUCUUGGCUUUAACCAUAAACAAUGAAAGGCUUUAUAUGGUAGGCUUUCUUAUUGAAAAUAUUAUUCCUUCAAGCACAAAUUUAGUAAAAGUUGGCUUUUGUGCAGUUUCUAGAGAGAGAAAUUACAUUAUGAAUUUUGUUUUCCAAAGUUGUUAGUUUCUGCUUUUAGUUAAUCUUGCAGACUGUUCUUGCUCCUAAACAUGAUGAACAUGAAAUAGAUGGGGACAUGAAAAGUCUUGUCUUUUUUUAUGAAAGUUUGGUGGGCAACAUACAAGAUCAUUUUGUACAAUUAUGUUUCCCUAGCAAGGACUUUGAAAUCUAGGUUUCAGAGGUGAUAUGUAAUAUAGUAUGGCUAUGUCAUCUGAUGUCUCAAAAAGCAUUAUUUUACUUGAGGGGGAAAAAUUACUUUUAACUUAUUGGGUUUUAAAGGUUAGGAGUUGAGAUUGUUAUCACAGUUAAGAACAUGGAGGUAAUCUUCCUUCUGAUCAUUAUGCGUUUUUUCAAAGUUUUUUUUUUAUGACACUUCAGAACAAAAUGUGGAAGCUUAAGAGUCCUAAAAUCAUUGUGUAAUUUCUCUCUCUGGACUCUGCACACAAAGCCAACUUUUGCUGCAUUAGUGAAAUGCAAAGUCAUCUUGUACAAAAACUUUCACAAUCUUUGUCUUGGAGGAAAAGGAAAUGUUUACUUUAUUUUUGGUAAUGAGCAGAUGAAAAGAAUGUUACUAGGAUAAUCAAGCCCUUGAAAAGACAAGCAAUUUAAAAUUAAACUCCCCCCGUCUGUGUUGAUGAUUGGCUUGCCAAAGAAUUUGCAUCUGAUUGUUCUGAAAUAAUUAAAUGUUGUGGAAUUUGUGAUAUGUGCAGCAUAAAGCCAAGCUCAGAUGAGGAACUUAUAGCAUGAUCUGUUGUAAUUAUAAAUGGACUUCAGUAGAUGAUUGUAAGUUCUGACAAUUUGUUUCUACAUCUGAGCUUGUUGCCAUGGCAACUUCCCUUGGCUUCCAGCAGCUGCUGUGGCCUUGCUUUGUGUGCCUUGAUGACAUUGAUGAUUCUCUAGUUCUUUCCCCUGCAAAGCAUAAUUUACUGUCAAACAGGUAGAAGUAAAUAGCUAUUGUAAUUUAUUUAUCAAACUUGAGUGUCGUGAUGACUGGUGGUUGUUGAUGUCCAGUGAAUUAUUGCCAAUUGUCCAGUCAUUAUUGUGGCAACAAUGCAUUAUGGAUAAUGCUAUUGUCUGCUUCUAUUAUUAUGCACAUUUAUAUGCUGUCAUGACAUUUUGAUAGUUUUCCUAUAUAAUCCAGAGAGAAAUGACGUGGAUAGUCACCGGUCAAUGAACAUGUUGACCCCCAGGAAGAUGAUAGUGCGAGCUGUUGUUGAACAAAAAGGAACUGUUCUAUAUUGAAAAGUUGUUUUAUUUCUUGUUGUGCUGCACAACACUGCCACCAGCAGUCGUCUUGUGCUUUGUUCUCUAAUCUUGAUACCCAUAAAUUUGCUUAUUUAUAGUCUGCCAGCAUUUUCAUCCUUUGUCUGAGUACAGUGGAACAGUGGUGGUGUGUGACCGUGAUGCCAACUUCAGUGUGGCUGCAACAGGCUGCAGCUUCUGGUCCUAACACUGACAGUCUCUUUGCUCUCAGUGCCAUUCAAUUGGUGCUAGAAGAAAUAUGUGUGUUGUCUGUGUCUUUAUUUUAUGUAUUUUGUCUAUUCUCUGACCGAGGGCUUUUAGCCUUGUAUUCUUGUGCUUAUAGUGACAUCACACACCUACAAGUUUUGUACCAGAAGGAAUCAAGUUUUACUAAUAGCAUCAUCUGUUCAAACAUUAUAUCUUGCUGUUGCCUGAAGGUUGUGUUGCAAUUAGAUUGCCUUCUUCAUAACUGGUUUUUGUGGUGUAGUACUGUCAAAACUCUUGCUAGUGAGAAUGAAUUAAAGGUGGUAAAAGGUAGACUUGUCAUGUAGUUUUGUCAAGAAGUUUUGACAUAUUUCACAGGUAUGUAGACAAAGAUAAGUACCACCAAGACUGUUAAUAAGAAGCUUUGAAAUAUUUCACAGCCUGCGGUGUUAUUUUAUUUUUUUUUGUGGGGGAGAGGAUGGAGGAGGAGAGAAUAAUCAUUGUCCAUCGAACUGACUUGGUAUGCCAUAUCUGGUAGUCUUUGUCCACAUACCUGACUUGAUACGCCAUGAUGUCUGGUAGUCUUUGAAUUUCUGUUUCUCCUUUGCCCUACCCCUCCCUCUUUGUUUUUUUUUUUAAGACAGCCAUUUGCUGAAUUCAGUCUCACUGUCUAUUUUAGCUUGUUUUAAUUGCUGAUGGUAAGGAACAAAUAUUGAAAUGUUUUAAGUCAAAGAUCAUUUUGAAUAUGAAUGAUAACUGGCAUGAUGAUAUUCAACAUUGCGAUAGUUUUGAGAAAAAUGCUGAUCUUGCCUUAGGUUAUAGUGCAUAUUUAUUGCAAGUGCAUUUGGUCUGGAGAAAAUUGUCUUGCUUGUCAUCUUCAUGUGCAUGGUGGCUUCAUUUAAAUACUGCCAAAUACCCGGAGAUUGUAUAAGGUCAUUAUGUCAAUACCAUUUUCUUUCAUUCAAAUGUCAAUGUUUCAGUUAUCCGGACUUUUUGUCAAGUGUUCUUUUUUACUUGACCAUUGUUACCAGCUGUUUGAAUUUUUUUGUCCUUUGUUAGAAAGACAUGGAUAUGUUACUUUAAACCCUACUUCAAGAUUAGGAUAUCAAACUCCUGCAAACCAGGACAGUAAAAAAAAGUUUAAGAAACUUUGUGUGUGGGUUGAUUAUUAUGCUGGCAACUUGAGGAUGUUCUUCACUCAAAGGCUUUUUAUAUAGUGUUCCCUCUUACCUAUUUCGUCUUCGAGAAAGUGAAGAACAAACUUCAUACAUGCUGUCUUGUGCCAUAUUUUGGCAUAUUUACAGCACCAUUGUUCCUUUGUUCAUUCACUCUUUCUGUAAGGAGACAGAUAAUUGACACCUCACUAUCAAAUAGUGACUAAUUGCAAAAAUUUAGGGGAGAAAGCACUCAAAUAAUCAUCCUUUAUCAAAAAUGCAUCUGUAUUCUCCUUUCAUUUUUAUAGCAAAGUUCUAUUUUAUUGUGGAGCAUGGUCUUCCAUUCAGCCACAGUGGCAGUUUUUAUAUACCCAUCCUCUAUCUGACUGUAGUAUGUAGUAGAGAAUAGGAGGUUUUUAUACUGUACUCUUGCGGCCCUAUCCUCGAGGAGUAACAGGGAAUAAGCUAAACUAUACGGUACUGUUGGGACAUCAACAUUUUCUGAGAUAUUCACACAUGCACUUGUAUUUUUAACAGAUCUUAAAACUGAGAGGAUAGGACUGCACUGAUUCAAUCAUUAGAAGACUAGUGUACAAAAGUAGGUUAAUAUAAUUGUGCUUUGGUAAAGUAUGUUUUUGCAAACUUCUCAGCAAGGUUCACCUUAGAUUGAAAAAUGUAUCAUUUAUAUGCAUUUGAGAGAAAAAAAAGUGAUGAUGACAAUGAAUUCUUUUUUGAAAGGUCUUAAUAGCGUGUCAUUUAAAAAAUACUUUUCUGGUCAACUUUUAAUUAAAUCUGCUGAUAACAUUUUGGCUACAUUUCUUCUCUUGUCUCUUCACGUGUUAGCUGCAGCAGGUUUGAAAAUGCAGCAACGAGAUUUAUCCUGCAACAUUUAGUUUUACCUGUUCUUGGCGUGCACUUUGUACAUGAUGGUGUGUUUUUCUUCUCUGGAAUUUAUAAUUGUCAAGAUUUAAGGACAGACUUUUAUGGAGACGUGUUAGCCAGUGGACUUCAGAGAUGUUUGCGUUCACACAGCAGUGCUUUGUGAGUUCAGGUUCAUGUGCAGGUGGCAGUGGUGUAAAAAUAAAACUUAAAAUGUAAGAACAAAUCAGGAUCUGCAGGUAGGGUGUUUGAGUCUAAUAAGUGUGAUAAUUCUCAAGAUAUAGCAACGUCCAUCACUUCUCAUGGCCUAUAACAGAGCAGAUAAAACUUGUCUCCCAAAUGGUCA